AUGUACGAACUCGUUGGCGAACGGUUGGAUGUUCAACAAACAAGGGGAAUCACCAUGCAAGUCGGCCAGAUUUUGGAGAAUAUGUUGAAGGUUUGCAACGCAAAUGCGAGCGUAAAUCAUCUGUCGGUGGAUGUGUCGUGUAAUAGUCUUGGGAGUAACUCGAGCAGUGCAUGUUGCUGUUCGACUGCUACGUACGCUCUCGUAUCUGCUUGUUGGGUAUGCCAAACAACAAAACCACCCAAUCAGUUAUCGAGUACAUACCAAUCGUGGUGGUCGGGGUGUCCGGUCGAUACACGACAGAAUGGAAGUCUGCCCGCAGUCGUCACCUCGCGGUCUCCCCCCCUCUCAGUCCCAGACUGGGUCCUUGUACAACCAAGCGCAGGGGAUGAAAAGUGGAACGUAUCUUCCGCACAACUCGCAGUCGGCACUAUACCCACUUCGAGUUCCACGGCGUUUCCUUCAACUUCUACGAGCGCUUACAUUUCUACCGUAUCCACGACAUCCUCCACCGGACAUUCCGAGCGAUCAAAGGAGCAUCCUCCAUACGUACCAAUUGUCAUUUGCUCAGUCCUCGCCCUUCUACUACUGGUUGGUAUGGCCACAUGGCUCUACCGCCGCCGUAAUAAAGUAUCUCCUUCUUCUCGUGCUCCGCCAGGUUAUGAUAUCGAUGGAGGUGCUAUGUCAACUGAAAAUGAGGAACAUCUUGGGCGCUGGGGAUGGUGGUCGCGCAAAAUGGGCCGAGACUCGUCUCGCAAGUCCCAGAGUAACCCGGACAAGAUUGAUGCUUGGCUGUAUCCACUCGACUACGAACCGUUGUCUACAGGCCCCAGUUCUGGGUCUGGAGGGAGCGGAUACGGCCAAUACUACGAUCCUUACGUACAGCGAUCCCGAAGAAAUAGCGACGUGCACUUGGCUCAUUGUUCAUCGAUAGACACCGUUAAUAUCCGUAACCAACCAUCUGCCGGAAACCUGGGACAGCACUAUCACUCUCAUUCCAGGAACCUGACUCCAACACCGGGUCAUUCGGCAUCCACGCGCACGCUCGCAACACCCUCUCCUGUUCCUGGGCACCGUACCCGCACACCCAACCAUGUGCACUCGAACUUGCCGCCACAAGAAUAUGUGCUUCCACCCGGAUUAGGAGUAGACCAUGUUAGGACGCUUGCCUAUGGUUCCCCGCAACCACCGACCUAUGGACAAACAGUGCCUUACACCUAUCCAUACGUACAACCUCAGCCGAUGCCUUCAGCUACAACUACCUCUCCUCGAUCACCGCAGCAUGUCUGGCCCCCCACACAUACACACCGCACUCACCAAUCGCAACAAUCCCCCAUGGCUCACCCCAGACGAUCGGACCAGAUGUUGAUGAUUCCGGUGUCCCAGAUGACGCCAGACCAGAUCGAACAACUUCGUCUCCAAUUCUCAGACGUUAGAGUCAGAAAGAAGAAGCGAAGGCGGCGACGGGAGGGGCAAGACGCACAGACAGAUCAGGAAGACAGGGGCCGGCCGAGAGCAGGGACAGAUGCGGGUCAGUUUAGGGCCCAUGAAGUAGGAGCAGGGGGCGGGAGACCAAGAUCAACAAGCGUUCCGAUACAGGCUGAGACGGAGGACGAACGGCCUGGACCAAGGAACAUAGUCGAGCUGACGGCCAAGUAUGAGCCAAGGCGGAGGGCCCAGAGAGAUGUGAUGACUACCGACGUGGGGAGCGGAAGCGGGAACGCGAACGGGGCGGUCAAGGUGGACAAUAGAGCGAGCCAGGCCACGUUUCGGACGGUUGUUGUACUGGUUGUAAUUGGAAAAGUAAAAAAGACGAAUCGUGUUGCAAGGACAGAACAAGCGCAAACUGCAUCAGGUGAGACAGAGGCCACAACGCAACUAUCCAGUCUCCUCACCCCUUAUAACUGCAAGCAAUUAGAGUUUGCGUUGGAAAGCCAAACUGUCGAGCUGCCCGUAGGAGGCUUGUUUUGCUCAAGGGAAGGACUGUAUUGUGGGGACCGAUUUGAGCUGGAGCACCCGAAUAUGGAACGCUGGAUGGUUGAUUUCUCGGGGCAUCGGGCGAAUACCGAUAUCUCAAAUUUGGUUUGA